AUGAAGAACAGAAAAAAGACAAGCUUUGUGGCAUGCGAAAAAUAUCAAGAUUCUGGUUUCUUCCGUAUAGUCCCCCACGGAAAAACACAUCGACAAGCAGUACGAACAGAUCUGUUAGAAAAAGUAUACUUGUUAAUUAUUCCAGUUGAUUCACAAUUCAGCAAUGAUGCAAUUUUGGAAUUCCGAUGUUUUCAUAUUGGUGGUUAUCUUCAUAGUGGUAUACACAUUGCUAAUUUCAUUGGACACCUUCAACAGUUUUGGUUUAAUGGGAAUGCUUACAUUGAACUGGCUAGAAACUUUGGUACGCGUGAGCAUACGCAUCAAGGCAUCACACCAAUUAUUCGAGUGACAGGCCAGUUUGAAAAACGAAUUCAUCGAGUUCACAAGCCAGUUGCCUUCAAAUCAAAACACACAUUUAUCGGACUCCCUAUCUUAAAGGCAUAUGUUGAGACGAAUAUAUAUUUUCAGUUCAAGACAAAAGAGUCCAAUGGAUUGAUUCUUUUCAAUGCCGGCAAAGGAAAGGAUUUCAUCGCUAUUGAACUUCUUGAUGGUCAUGUGCAUUAUGUAAUUGAUCUCGGAGAUGGUGCUCUUCGGAUUCGAGAUAUAGCAAAAUCAAGGUUGAAUGAUGGCAAAUGGCAUUCAGUCACUAUAAGUCGCCCUGCUCCUAAAAAACAUACAUUGGCUAUUGAUGAUAAUGCUACGGUGAUUCUUAGUGAAGGAAGUAAUGAAAAUUUGGACUUAGAUGGAAUUCUUUACAUAGAAGAUCGUGUGACAACUGUCGAACAUUAA